AUGUUCAUAAACCCCCUCUUCAACAGCCGUCAACCGUGUCUGCAUACAGCAGGAAGAACUAAUCUGUCCCUAGCUGCGCGUCUCAAAACACUUGAGAUAGGUAAUUUCAAGCAGCUGAAUUCCAUCCGGGUCCUAGUACUAGCCAUCUACUCCUGCACACUUGCCUUCAUCUUCACUGGCGGUCUUCUCAUCAACGCCUGGGACUUUACUACCGAAGACCGCCGAGGGUGCCCAUCCUGCAAGAAGAAAGAAGAGAUGGAUGCAAAAGGAGCGACCAUUGCCGAACCUACCAAAGAACCAGGACCAGCUCCUGUGAAAGGGCUGUCGCGCUGCCAUUGA